AUGGCUCCUUCUUCGAAGCAACCCCCUCUUUUCAUCCCAUAUUCUCAACCAAUUCAUCGCCGAUCCAUCAUCAUGACUCGCUCCCACAAGUUCAACGACAAGGACCACUCUGGUCUCGCUGACGGCACCGCCGCUCCCCAGGAGCACCUGCCUCGUUUCUUCGCCAAGAGCGGGUACGUUGACGUCGACCCCAAGAAGACCAAGAAGAAUGGCGCUGGGAGAGGCAAUUGGGGAAACGUAGGUGAAGAGGCCCAUGACGAGGACUUCAACUUCACCAACGCUCGUCGCCGCUCGAACAGCCUUAGCUUCCCCAAUAGCCUGAACGACUUCAAGACCAAAUUUGACGUCAACGAGCCCGAGCCCGUCUUCGAAGAGAGCAUCCACGGCCCGGAUGAGGAGCUGGCUAAGACGGACACUUCCUCCAGUGUCUCGGUGGAAGAGGAGAAGGUCACCAAGGACGUCUAA